AACACAACAAUCUGCAUGCACGGCUCAGUUACUGGAUUUUUAUUUACAGGCACAGGCUGUAAUUCCUCAGUAUUUACUUAUCUAUAAAUCUAGAUAAUUGCAAUGGAAGCUAAACUAAAGCGAGAGCUGGGUACUUCAAUGCUCAAGUCAACUGGUUAUUCAGGAGGUGGUUGUAUCAGCGAGGGCCAAAGUUAUGAUACUGACAGCGGGAGGAUUUUUGUAAAGAUAAACCAUAAAAGUGAGGCCAAAUUGAUGUUUGAUGGUGAAAUGGCCAGCCUUGAAGCCAUCUUAAAGACUUCAACAAUUAAGGUUCCGAAGCCAGUGAAAGUGAUCGAGCUUGACAUGGGAUGUGUAUUUGUAAUGGAACAUCUGGAUAUGAAAUGUCUCAGCAAGCACUCACAGCACCUUGGAGAAGAACUAGCAGACAUGCAUCUUUAUAACAAGAAGCAGUUGGAAAAACUAAACCAAGCUCAACAGACAAUUGGGAAAGGAGCAGAACUGGUGGAUUCAAAUGCAGUGCUAAAAUUUGGAUUUGAUGUUCCUACAUGCUGUGGAUACCUGCCACAAGUAAGAACAAAAUAUAAUGUUAUAGAAUUGUGUAAUUGUAAUCGUAUACAUUUUUACAGACAAUUUUACUUAUUUUCCGUAUUACGUAUUUUUCUUCCUCAGGUUAAUGACUGGCAGGAUGACUGGGUGACAUUUUUCACCAGACAGCGACUUGAGCAUCAGCUAAAUUUAAUUGAGAAGUCAUACGGAGACAGAGAAUCUAGAGAACUAUGGGCAAAGUUGCAGCUUCAGAUUCCACAGUUUUUCAAAGAUGUGGAAAUCACGCCUGCUUUGGUUCAUGGUGACUUAUGGAGCGGCAAUGUGGCAGAAUGUGCAGAGGGUCCUGUCAUCUUUGACCCUGCUUCUUUUUAUGGUCAUUCUGAAUAUGAAUUGGGUAUUGCGGGGAUGUUUGGUGGGUUUGGUAAAUCCUUUUACUCUGCGUACCAUGAAAAAAUACCCAAAGCCCCAGGCUUUGCGCAAAGACACCAACUUUACCAACUCUUCCACUAUCUGAAUCACUGGAACCACUUUGGGGGUAGUUACAGAGGUUCCUCAAUAAGAAUAAUGAAAAAUCUGUUAAAAUAGUCACAAAAAUGUAUCAGCAUACAGAGCUGUCGCAAGACAUUCCUUUGUAAAAUACUAUGGAUAUCACUACAUGAAAUGUACUCAUGCCUGUGAUAGGAAAAGGCAAUUAACAUGAGCAGGAACAAGAUGUAUUGUUCCAGCAAAAUAUUACAUGUA